GUCUGUCCACAACCACCACCAUCCUCAUCACCGCCAUCCACCCUCUACCCUUCUAACACACAUACAAAGUUAGCAUCAUCCUCUCUAUCUACCCGUUCUCUCCAAAAUUGCUUCCAAAAGGCUGACUUCUUUGUUCCAUCAUCUGAAGAUGUCUCAACCUGUUGCUGAUAUCGGCCUCAUCGGUCUGGCCGUCAUGGGCCAGAACCUCAUCCUUAACAUGAACGACAAGGGCUUCGUCGUCUGCGCGUUCAACCGUACCGUCUCCAAGGUCGACCAUUUCCUGGAGAACGAGGCCAAGGGCACCAAGAUCGUCGGCGCUCACUCCGUCGCCGAGCUCUGCGCCAAGCUCAAGCGCCCCCGCAAGAUCGUCCUCCUCGUCCAGGCCGGCAAGGCCGUCGAUUCGUUCAUCGAGCAGCUCCUGCCCCACCUCGAGAAGGGCGACAUCAUCAUCGACGGUGGCAACUCCCACUACCCCGACUCCAUCCGCCGUACCAAGGAGCUUGAGGCCAAGGGAUUCCUCUUCGUUGGCUCUGGUGUGUCCGGUGGUGAGGAGGGUGCUCGUUAUGGCCCCUCGCUCAUGCCUGGUGGCUCCCCCGCCGCUUGGCCCGCGAUUAAGGAGAUCUUCCAGGCUACCGCUGCCCAAGUGAACGGCGAGCCCUGCUGCGACUGGGUCGGCGAGACCGGUGCCGGUCACUACGUCAAGAUGGUCCACAACGGUAUCGAGUACGGGGACAUGCAGCUCAUUGCCGAGGCAUAUGACAUCCUCAAGCGCGGCCUGGGCAUUGACGAGGAGGAGAUUGCCACCAUCUUCGACAAGUGGAACAAGGGCGUCCUCGACUCCUUCCUCAUUGAGAUCACUACCAACAUCCUCCGCUACAAGGACACCGAUGGCGUGCCCAUGAUCCGCAAGAUCCUCGACGCUGCUGGCCAGAAGGGUACCGGCAAGUGGACCGCCAUCGAGGCACUGGAUGCUGGCAGCCCUGUCACCCUGAUCGGCGAGGCUGUCUUUGCCCGUUGCCUGUCUGCGCUCAAGUCCGAGCGUGUCCGUGCCGCCAAGUCCAUCUCUGGGCCCCAGCGCGAGACCUUCAAGGGCGACAAGCAGCAGUUCAUUGAUGAUCUCGAGCAGGCUCUCUACGCGUCCAAGAUCAUCUCCUACACCCAGGGCUUCAUGCUUAUGCGUGAGACCGCCAAGGUGCAAGGGUGGAACCUGAACUACGCCGGCAUUGCCCGCAUGUGGCGUGGUGGCUGCAUCAUCAAGUCCGUCUUCCUCGGCGACAUCACCAAGGCCUUCGAGAAGACCUCCGACCUCGAGUCCCUCCUCUUCGACAAGUUCUUCAACGAUGCCAUCCACAAGGCCCAGCCCGGCUGGAGGCGCAUCGUCGCCCAGGCUGUUCUCUGGGGCAUCCCCACACCGGCGUUCAGCACCGCCCUCGCCUUCCUCGACGGCUACCGCUCCGAGAUCGUCCCGGCCAACAUGAUCCAGGCGCAACGUGACUACUUCGGUGCCCACACCUUCCGCGUCCUCCCCGGGUUCGAGAGCGACCGCCUGAAGACUGGCGAGGACAUCCACGUUAACUGGACCGGCCGUGGUGGUAACGUCUCUGCCUCGACGUACAACGCCUAAGCCUCUCCGGGCUCCGGGUUGUCCCUCCCUCUUUCCCCUCCCGGUGCAAGGGAAAGGGGAAGCACUCUAUCUGUCUGCUACUGUGGGAAAAGAAUGUGUGUUUGUGUUUGUUUGUUUGUUGUGAUGUUGUGCGUGUAGGGCAAAAAUGAAACUUGUAGACUGGCGCUGGGCGUGGUUCUUGCACUAGUGGGAACGCGUAAUCGCUGAUUAUGUUAUGAACGGAACAAAUGAAAUAUACGUUG